GAUAAACAAAUGUCGGAUCACAGAAUGCUCCAGAUUAUCCAUCUUCAGUUGUCGUCUUAUUAUUAUAUCUAUUGAACUUUGACCACUUCUCACAACAAAAUGUCCAACCUACCAGUCAAAACCUUAACCUUUAAGUCUUUAUCAUCCUACUUUCCUGCUCUAUAAAUUGUGUGAAACAACCAUAUACUCGUGUAGUGCCUUAUAGACCGAAUUAAAUCACCAAGCGAUAGAAUUGCAACAGAGAUGUCGAGUGAAAUCCAGAUAUGGGUAGUUCCAUUCUUUGGGCAAGGCCAUCUCUUCCCAUUAAUGGAACUAUGCAAGCACAUUGCCUCAAGAAAUUUCAAAACGACUUUCAUCAUUCCCUCUAAUCUCUCUUCUUCUAUACCCUCAUCUUUCCAGGAGCAUCCUCUCAUUGAAGUUGCCCAAAUACCCUCUUCGCCACUAACUCCACCAGAGCCCAGUUCAAAUCCUCCCAACCAUCCCCAUGACCACCACUCUGAUUUAGCUCAAGGGAUCGAAAGGCUGCUGCAGAACUCCGCACAACCUGCUUGUGCAGUAAUAGAUGUAAUGAUGGAUUGGACAGGAAAUGUUUUCAAGAAAUUUAAGAUCCCAACAAUCGGGUUUUUCACCUCGGGUGCGUGCUCUGCAGCUCUCGAGUACGCCAUGUGGAAGGCUCGCGUGAUGGAUAUCAAACCUGGAGAGACCCGUUCGCUUCCUGGGUUACCGGAAGAAAUGGCUUUGACAGAUUCCGAUCUUAAACAUGGCCCACCACCUGGACCACCCCCUCCUGGGCUUGGGGCCUUCGGCUUUUCAAGUAGGCCACCAGGACCACCACCUCCUGGGCUUGGGGCCUUCGGCUUUCCAGGUGGGCCACCGGGACAGCCACCACUAAGGCAUGGCUUCUCCCAUGGGCCUCCAGGUGGGCCUGGACAUCGGAAAAUGGGUCCUCCACAACCAGGUGGACAGCCACCCUGGGUAGAAGCUGCCAAGAACUCUAUUGCGUUGAUGCUCAAUAGUUGCACUGAUCUGGAGGGUCCAUUUCUUGAUUAUUUAGGGAUCCAAAUUGGUAAACCAGUAUGGGGUGUUGGCCCACUAUUGCCCCAACAGUUUUGGAAAUCAUCCGAUUCGUUGCUUCACGAUCGUGAAAUCCGAGCCAACAAACAGUCUAGCGUAACGGAAGAUGAAGUGAUAGAAUGGUUAGAUUCAAAGCCACAUGGAUCAGUGAUAUACGUAUCUUUUGGCACUGAAGUUGCUCCCACAAAACAAGAAUUCGAGCAAUUGGCUGAUGCAUUAGAAGCAUCAAACAGGCCAUUUAUUUGGGUAAUCCAACAUGGAUCAGGCAAACCAGGUCCUCCACCUGGCCCACCUCAGUUCUUAGGAAACCAACCUGGUUCCAGUGAUGUAUCCUUCGAAGAAGAGAGUUACUUCCCUCAUGGUUUGGACCAAAAGGUUGGUAAAAGAGGUCUGAUAAUACACGGAUGGGCACCUCAGUUGUUGAUAUUAAGUCAUCCAUCAACGGGCGGGUUUUUAUCACAUUGUGGGUGGAAUUCUACGGUGGAAGCAAUCGGACGUGGGGUGCCAUUAUUGGCAUGGCCUAUUAGGGGUGACCAGCACUACAAUGCCAAAUUGGUGGUGAAUCAUCUUAAAGUGGGGUGCAUGAUUUCUGACAAUCUAUCCCAACAGAAGAUCAAGAAGGAUGAUAUAGUCAAUGGGGUUGAGAAGAUAAUGGGAAAUGAAGAGAUUACAAGGAAAGCGGUGAUGCUUAGCACUAAACUUCAUCAUGGUUUCCCUGCAAGUUCAGCUGCUUCUUUGGAUGCUUUCAAGGAUUUAAUUGUUAACCUAAAUACAGAUUGAGCACAAAGAUUUCUGUUAUAGAAAAGUCUGGGUUAUAAUUUUCCCCUUUGUUUUUGCUGGGGGAGUUUGAGAAGAAUAUUGUACUACGCUGAGAGACAUGUUCUUACAUUAUGAAGAUUACAACAUUAUUAGCUUCUUUUCUUUUUCUUUCGCUUCGAGAUCAAA